AUCUUUCACUCCGACAUAAACGCCGCAAAUUCACAAGGGAAAAUGCAUACCUUGAAAUCUGGGCAGAAUCCGAUGAAGCUUAUCGAUCUAAUCGGUCAAAUCAGACGUACAACUUCGAGAUCAGUCACAGUCGAGGAUGUUGAAACGGUCGACUAUGCAGAUACAGAUCAUUCAAGUGGAGAGGAGAAAAUAUUUGAAGGACAUGUAUCAAGAAACCAGUUGAUAAAAAUUUUGGAAGCUUUGAGAAGCAUACAAAAGGAAUUGGUUUGGGUUCAGAUAAAAGCGGUAUUGUUAACUCAAUUGAGUCGCAAUUGCGAUGGGAUUAGCAUUCAAGGAUUUAAAGAAAAAACGAAACAAGCUAAAGUGACAGAAAAAAGGCAAGUACAAGGUUUAGUUGAGGAUGAAGAGGAAAUUAGUGUCAAACCGACUGCAGAUGAAAUUAUCGACGAAAUUGAUUUAAGCCCAUCGGUCCAACCGAUCAUAAUUAUUGAUAUGACCGGUACACAG